GUCUACAGUCAGUCCAUUACCUCGAAGGAAAUACAGGAAAUACCUUCCCCUAUUUGUCUUCCGUCAGUACUCUUGGUUAUACUGUGUUUGCUUCACUCAGGAAAAGGCAGCUGCAGCAGAGAGGGUGUGCAACUCUCUCUUUUUGACGGAAAGUAACAGUAAGGAUCUCUGAAGAUGGAAAAAGGAUACCCUCCACAGGACUCCGCUCCACCAUACCCUGGGCCACCUGUGAACUAUGGGGGUGCAAUGCCUCAGCCAGGGAUGCAGCCUCAGCCGGGCUACUCUCCAGGAGCUCCUCCGCCUGCUGCGUACCAAGGUGUUGCUUUUGCUCCUGCACCUGCUACAACAGUGACUCACAUGAUAGUGCAACCUGCACUGCAUGAAGUCCCAGGACAAACUGUGUGUCCCCACUGCCAGCAGACAGUGAUCACCCGGACUCAUCCCAAAGCAGGCCUGAUGACCUGGGCCAUCUGUGGUGGCCUCGCCCUCUUUGGGUGUCUUCUUUGCUGCUGUAUCCCGUUCUGUGUCGAUUCCUGUCAAGAUGUGGAGCAUAGCUGUCCUUCCUGCAACAGAGUCAUCUACGUAUACAAGCGAAUGUGAAACUGACUGUGAAUGGAGGAGAGAAACUCAAUGCUUAUGUGUAGCCUUACUUGCUCUGCAGCAUUCUUUUGAUAUGGAACAAAAUUAUAACACAAAAUGCACUUACUCUAAUCGUGUUCUUACACAUUCACUGCCAUUUUGCAUCUCUGUCACGCUAUUAUUAUUUGAAUGCUAAUGUUAUGUGAUGAGGCAUUUCACUGUGGGGAGUUAUAUUAAACGAUCAGUGCAACAUUUGUAUAUUAUAUAAGGGACAUAAACCAACAAAUAUGCCAAUAAAAAAACAAAAAACAAAAAAAAAACAACUUGUUUUCAGCAGUUGUUAUUCCAGUUGGUUGGUGGGUGUCUUACAUUUUCUGCAUAUAUGUUUCCUCACUUCCCUUCCAUUAUUUCCUUCUGUCUUUUCUCUUAUUGUGCUUCAUUGUCUUUUUUCUUAUUCUUUUUUUUUUUUUUUGAUUGACGGGUUGAGUUUAUACUAUUCUCCUACCAUUUUUUUUUCAUUUGAAAGAAAGAAAUUUGUUUUAUUUACAGCCAUAAUGCUCACGGUGAAAAUGCUAACAUGCUAAUGUUUAGCGGGUAUAGGGUGAUUAUUGGGUUUCGGGCAACCUGUUAUUUAGAUUAUCAUUACUUAGAAUGCUUUAUUUCACCUCUAUGCUUAAUUUUUCUCUUGAAAUAUUUUCAUUUUCCUUUCAUUUUCUAUACUGUUUAAUGGAAUUUCACCAUUUUCAGAGCUUUGAUGUUUGGUGCUAUAAUUCUCCAGUUAAAAAACUAACAAAAUCCUCAAAUUUUCAGUCUAUAUUGUUAUGAAUAUGUCUUUUUUUUUAAAAUUUUUUUUUUUUUUACAUGUUUUUAGUUUGACGAUUUGAAUUUUUACAAUUCUCUUGCCAUGUUUUUUUCUCUCAAAAAAGCCAUUUGUGUAGUUACAGGCAUGCUAGCAGCUCUGUGAGGAUGUUGUGGUUCUUGGAGCUAAAUGCUCAUAUAGGCAUGUUAGCAUGCUCACAGAGAAAAUGCUAACAUGCUAAUAUUUAGCAGGUAUAGGGUUAUUAUUUGAUUUUGGGCACUUUUAUAUCCCUGGAAUGAUUUUUUUUUAAGGAAAAAAAAGUUUUUUCUUGUCAUUUAUAUUAUCAUGACUUAAAAUGCUUCAUUUCA